AUGUCGGGAACCCGCAAAGACGCGCCAUUCGUCUCCUCUGUAGGACGUGUUCAAGGGACAAGGAUCAGCAGAGAUAACUCUGGUGAAUCGCUGGCAUCUCAUCCUCUCCUAUCACCACCACCAGGCUCAGUCAGCUCAGCUAAUGCAGUCACUGCAACAACAUCGGACACCAAAGCGAGCACUCUAAAACCUCCCGAGUCACCCCCAAAUGGAAAUUCUCCUAAAUAUGUUCCAUACACCCCGCGACACCGCGUAUCAACCUCGCAGGUCACGGCUCAAUACUCAUCUGCCACUCUGGGGACAACUGGAGGUGGUGCGACCCCACAACUUCAACUCCAGAAUCUGAAAGCUGCCGCACAAAACGCGCAACUGAACUCGAACAGCGUCGGAUGGGCCAUUUGUGAAAAGUUGUAUCAGGAGGGAGAAUCCCCUGAAUGGGAAGAUAUAUGGUCCGCAGUUGUCCAAAACAAGGCUACGCUUCUAUUACCUUUGGAUCCUGUCACCCCACAAGAAGUGAUCACUGCGGACUAUGUGCGUGACCACGUCGUCUACUGUACAGCACCUUCAAACAAGGUCAUACCAGUUGUUACCCUCUCUGGACUGAGAGGGAAUACUCUGACUUUGCGGUCUGUCAUCGCUACUACAGCACCACACUUCCAAGCUCUAGCUGCUCUUAAUUCUCGUGUUUCUGCUUUGGCGGCCCUACCUCCACUUCCAUCGCCGCUGAUCGUACCUCUCAAGCCAGAGUACCCUGUUUUCAACAUUCCUGCUCCUCAAACCGAGCUUCCGUUUCCAUCUCAACCGCAACAUAAGCCACAAGCUCGUCCGGGCCUCACAGCAGCUCGCUUAAACCCAUUUGCAAGUUUAUUUGGAGUGAGGGCAUCGCCUGCCUCAACACCCAUCGCCCUUCCUUCCACACCAACCAGCGAGGAAAGCGAGGGCCGAUCUCCUUCCGUAAAUGUUUCUGUCUACGUCAUUCAAGGUCGCAUUAUCAAGAAGGACGUG